AUGUCGUCGCAUGACAUUAAAAAAAGCGAAUCGGACCUGAACUUCGAGUUCAGUGCCUUUUCGUCGGACAACGCUUCGAAUGAAAAAAAGCAAAAUCAAAAUCAAAACUCUUUGGAAUCGAAAUUUGGGUCUCAAAGUCGGGCGACUGGUGCUUGGAGGAAUUUCUGCGAUAGCUUCAAGAGAGCCGAAUGCGACGUAGUAACAGAGGAAUUGGAAUCCGGAGUUACGGUCCAUGAGCUCGAGAAGUCUCAUCUGAAGCAGACCCUGAAACCCAGGCACGUCUCACUCAUGUCGUUGGGUACUGGUAUUGGCACUGGGCUUUUGGUUGCGAACGGGAAGAGUUUGCAUUUUGGGGGUCCCGGAGGGCUUCUCAUAGGGUACACUUUGGUGUCAAUUGUGACAUACGCGAUGAUGGAAGCCGCGGGCGAGAUGGCAGUCGCGUAUCCCCGAUUGCCGGGCAAUUAUAACGCCUAUUCUGCCAUUUUCAUCACGCCUGCAUUCGCCUUUGCAACGACAUAUUUGUCUCUUUUGCAAUGGCUAACCGUUCUGCCGCUUGAAUUGAUCACUGCAACAUUAACAAUCAAAUACUGGACUGACACAAUCAACCCAGACGUUUUCGUGGCCAUUUUCUAUGUUUUUGUCUUGUCAAUUCACUUUUUCGGAGCCCGCGGUUAUGGUGAGACUGAGUUUAUCUUCAAUUUGUGUAAGGUGCUCAUGAUUGCUGGAUUCGUGAUAUUGGCCAUCAUCAUCAAUUGUGGUGGUGCCGGUAACGAUGGGUACAUCGGAGGCAAAUAUUGGCACACACCGGGAGCUUUUAGCGGGACCAAUGCUGCUUCUAGGUUCAAGGGAGUUGCAUACGUACUAGUCACAGGGUACUUCUCUUACGGAGGCACGGAACUGUUUGCUUUGACCGUCAGCGAACAAGCGAACCCAAAGCGGGCUGUCCCAUCGGCUACAAAGAAAUGUCUUUACCGUAUUUUGUUGAUCUACAUGCUCACAAUGGUCUUGAUCGGUUUUUUGGUACCUUACAACAGCGAUGAACUAAUGGGAUCUGGCGGAUCUUCUGCCUCGCACGCGUCUCCGUAUGUUUUGGCUGCGUCGCUCCACGGUGUCAAAGUGGUUCCACACAUUAUAAAUGCUGUAAUUCUAGUCUCGGUCAUCUCGGUGGCCAACUCGGCUGUGUAUUCAUCCAGCAGACUAAUGCAUUCUCUCGGAGGGCAAGGUUUCGCACCCAAAAUUUUCUUCUACGUCGAUCGUGCAGGCAGACCGCUGGUUGCUUUGAUCGCUUGCUCUUUUUUUGGUCUCAUUGCAUUUGUUGCCGCUUCAAACCAAGAAGAACAAGCAUUUACAUGGUUAGCGGCGAUCGCAGGGUUGAGUGAAAUUUUCACUUGGUCCUCGAUCUUCAUCAGCCAUAUCAGAUUCAGACUCGCCAUGAAACAUCAAAAUCGUUCUAUGGGCGAGCUGGGAUACAAAGCCAACACUGGGUUUUGGGGGUCAGUUUAUGGGCUUGCCUUCAACGUGAUUGUAUUGAUCGCGCAAUUCUGGGUGGCCAUUGCUCCCAUAGACAACGACGGCAAACUCAGUGCGCUUUCAUUUUUCGAGAACUACCUCGGAUGCCCGAUCUGGCUAGCGUUCUAUUUCGGGUACAAGAUCUGGAAAAGAGAAAAACGGAUGGCAAAUCCUCUGGACAGCAUCGACCUCGAUAAAUAUCGCGAAAUUUACGACGAAACUCUAAUGAAACAGGAAGCCGCUGCACAUGAAGCUCAAAUCCGUAAUGCAGGCUGGCAUAAAAGAAUUUCUGCAUUCUGGUGCUAA